UAUAGAAGAUGUCUCAUCUAGAUCUUAGAAUUACUAACAUGAGUAAGAUCUAAAAAUAAAAAAAAUCGCAAAGAUAAAAUCAAACAAAAGUCGUAAAGCAAGUACCUACAUAACGAGUACCUAUAUAGUUAAGUAUAGUUAUUAUAGGUAGAUUCCUAGAAUAUUAUACUAAUUUCAGUGAGCGUGCUGCGUAUAUCUACUCUUAAAAUUAAUAAGUGAAAAGAUGGAAGUGCACUUGCCUAUUUCGCUACCAGGAUCAAACUUGAAAGAGAAACAUCAUCAUUUGAACUCCUUGGUCAAUGAGGCAUAUAAGAAAAAUAUCUCAUUCCAGGACAUAUGUCUCCAACAAGAAUCUUCACCUAUCGAUAGAAUUUUUAAAAUAGAUCUCGCUUCCAAGUAUAGAAAUGUUGAAUACAUAAUAGACAAUCUCAAAAAUGAUGACAUGUUGUAUGUAAGCAGGGCACUAAAAUGCCACUGGAUAUUAGAAUCUCAAUAUGGUGACAUAAUAAACCCCGUACAUCUAGAAAACACUUUAUAUCCAGCAAUGAUCCAACCAGCUGUAAAUAAAAUGAAGCAUGCUAUACAGCUACAUCUUAAAGAUAAAAAAAGAUGUGAAGACUUCUACAAUUACUACAAAGCUAACUGGGAUGAGGCAUUCAAUUUUUUCUGGCACUGCUCCAAUGAAUUUAUUACUAGCGAAUUUCCCAAUAUAAUUGAAAAAUUCUCUCACAAACAGUUAAAAAUAGUUUUCGAAGUCUAUCCUGCGAUAUGCAAACUAUAUUUUGAAAUUUUACCAAACAACAAAACAGCACUCGAAAAAUAUGUAAACAAUGCACAAAAAUACUUCAAUUGUAUUAAAAGUGUAUUAAAAUAUGAUGGCAAUGUAUUUUUGGACAUCGUUGAAAAAUAUUAUGAUACAAGAUCAUUUGUAGCUUUCGGUCCAUCUAUAACUGAGUAUAUAAUGAAAAAUUUUAGAAAUAGAUUUGAGACUAAGAGUGAAUUAUAUGCAAAUUCUAUUCUUCACAUGAAAACUUUGGCAGCUAACAUGACGAGUGACCAAGCUAAAGAAUUUAUACUGAAACUUGCAAGAGCAGAAUAUUUGAACUACUGGUUUACGUACAAAACAGUUGAACCGUUAAUAAAGCGGUUAAAAAUAGAAGAACGAUCAGCUUUUAAAAAGAAAGUCUUUGUUGAUAAAACAAUCGAUUGUAAAGUCAAAGACUGGCCUUAUCCAACACCUAAAGCUUUAGUACUACAAGACGAUGAGGUGGAGCACGCGCAUGUAUUUACAGACAUAGAACAUGAUUCAUAUGAAUAUGGGUAUCGGCCGUAUCACAUUGACAAGCAAAUGUUAAAAAAGCGCGCGUAUCGUCAUUAUGCAAAAGAUUGUUAUGAAAAUUCUCCUCUGGAUCAGUUGUUCAACCGAUAUCGUUUCAUCGGUUUUGAGCAAACUUUUUAUGAGCUAAGCAAAAACUUGCUAGCAGAAAGUACAAUCCAAGGUCGUCUCAAUAUGAUGCUAGUCCUUAUUAGCAAAAGUGGGGGUGUUCCAAGCCAAGUAGAAAAAUUUAUGAAGCUCAUGGUGGAAAGACAUAGAAAUGAACCGACAACUCUUCGAGCGGCUGUUGUUAGGUCUCUUGUAAAACGCGGGUCUGCUUGGCGAUUGCCUGAAAACGUCUGGUCAUUAAUACUACAAUUUGGGGUAGACGUAGGUUUGGAUGGAGCUGACACCGAUCCAGUUUGCCGUGAAGGUCUUCACACAGUCAUCUUACGCCACAUUUUAGCUGAUACGCCAGUAUCACCUACUUUACUUUCAGGCUUUCUUCGCCAAUUUUCAACAUUGUCUGAAUACAAACUUAAUAACGAAGAGAGAAAACUAGUAGCCAAACGUCUGCCCCAGCUUAUAUUAUCUUCAGAUGCAAAUGCAUUUUUGGACACGCUUGUCGAGUAUAAGGUCAAUAUAAAAGAUGUACCAAAUGCUGAAGAUUCUCUUCUUAAAGCAGCAAAAACAAAUCCAGGAUUAGUAGCUAGGCUAUACGGAGCUAAAAUAUUACGUCGUGAACUCUUCCAUGAAACUUUUGCUCUGAAACAGAAUAAUGCUGCGUAUAUUAAUGCAUUGCGACACGAUUUAACUCCAUUGGAAAAUGGGAAGAGUUUUGCUGAAUUGCUCAAAAAAGAUCGUCCAAAUCACGACCGAUUUCUCAAAACUCUCUAUAUAUAUUUCGGUGAACCAGAUGGUUUAGUAGAGAAACAUAGGAUUGCUUUAAAAGAUGCAUUUUUGUCAACCCCAAAACAUUGGUUUGCGCGUUCUUUAUCCACUCUUUUAACUAAUGAAGAGUUGUUACAACGUAUUUUCGAAUUUGAAGCGGAAAGACCUCAAUCAAAGUCGCAACUUCUGAUGUCUACAGGACUUAGAGGUAAUGCUCAUAUGAGCAAACCAGCAGUAGAUAUUGAUGCUUUAGAUUGGAAGUGGAUUGGAGCAAAGGCGGUUGCCAAUAAAACUUUAACUUGUAGGAAAAAUGAUCGCGAACGAUAUAUAAGGAAGCUUUUAGAAUGGCGUCGCACGGCAAGAAUGGCAGUCCGUCUUUCUGAUAAGACACCUUUGUCUAUUGACACUUUUAUUGCUUUCUGUACAUUGCGACCUUUAGCAGCUGCAAAAGUAGGCUUUACAUUAUAUUUAGCAAAAAACUACAUUGAACCUCGUAUUUGGGAUGCUAUAAAAUCUAUAAUUCAAAACAAAGACAUAUCUCAAAAGAAGAGGUUGUUGGAUGAAUUUUCUUACCCUAAAUCGAUUUCGAAAAACGUCAAAGCUGAUUACUGGGUUCAAAUUUUUAAUAUUAUCUCAAAAAUCGAUGAUAAGCAAGCUAUGCCUAUGCUUUGUCGUUUGGAAAACAUUCUAUCUGAUGUAGAUAAAAAUUUCGUUAGAGCUGUGGCCGAAAAAUUCAUUAAAACCAUUGUAUUUGAAUUUCCAUCAUCUAUUGAAUGUGAAUUUAAUUCAUCUCAUUGCAUAGAUGAAAAAUGUUUGUAUGUUAGAGUCAUCGCCAAACAUCUGCUUUUGUGUAAAACUGAAGACGAACAGAAAGAGGUAAUCGAAAAAGUUUGCGAGCCCUUUUUUGAUGCCCUAGAAGUUUUAUCAAAAACACCGGACACAAAAAAACAUUUGAUCACACUGCUAGAUGAUCUCAUGUUUUCUUUGAAAUAUAGUAAAGUGUUUCUUUCUGAUCAGUACGUGAAUUGUAUACCAGUGUUUGAAGUUAUACUCAAACGAAUGCACAAUCUUUUACCCAUAGAAGAGUAUUUUGCUAAAUACGUAGAGAUACAUCUAACUAUGCUCUUUUAUAAGUCAAUCAGUCAAGCUAAGAAACACAAACCUGGUAUUUUUGAUGAUGUCAAAAAAAAUUAA